AUGCCGUCUGAAUGGCACGAACGAUCUUUUUUCCUCGAAGUGAAACCACGUACAGAGCUUGCAUCUCUUUUUGUUGAUUGCCCACCUAAUGGAGAUGGUGAAGAGAAAGAGAACAAUUGCUUGGAUAUGGUCAGAGUUAGUGAGAACUCUGUUGAGCUUGGUAUACCACCAUCGAUUGCUGAACAAAUCCCGUCAUUCACAGUAACUCCUCAGUUGUAUUCUGCGAAAAUUUCGGGUUUGUAUCUCGCCCCAGAUUCAGUGUGUUCCCCAACUUGGGCUGAUAACAAACGCUUGUUUAUGUGUAAAGUUCGUGCUGCAAGAGAUUGUGAUCAACCUUUAGUCCCCAAGCAAUUCCACCGUCUUGCAAAGGAGAUAAGCCCUAUCGAACCUAUUGAGACAUACAUUAAUAGUAAUCAAGACAAGCCAAUUCAAAUAAACUGCAAUCAAUGUAAUGUCACUCUUCUCAGUGAACACCAAGGGAACAUUAGCAUGGGUUGUCUUCCUUGCGACGAUUGGUUAGAAACUACUCCAUCUGUUGACUAUUUUUGUAGAGAUACUUGCGGUGCUGGAUGUGAUCCCAAUAGACAUGGACAUCAUAGGAAUGGAAUUGAAAGUGAAGGAGCUCAUACGGAUUGGUUACCAACUCCUUCCAAGAUUAUGAUCAGUCAUUCCUACAUAGUUCUGCACAGAGAUAUAUGCCCUGACAAAGUUUUCGUAGAAGAUAAGCACGCUUUAUGUGCUGCUUGUCAUGGCGAGUUGGGAUUCAUGGUUCCAAAUAAAAAUAGUUUGAUUAUGCUUCAUCACUCAACAUCCAACUUGAUUGUAAACGGAAAACCUUUCUUAGCUGAGAGGUUUAUUGAUCGAUCCAUGUUCUUCACUCAAAUGCUGUUAUCAUCUUGUGAAGCAAAAGCUAGUCUUAAGCUAGUGAUCAGAUCUCUUGAUAAAACCCCUCAUAUCCUCGUUUGGAUUCUGGAUUCAUAUGUUCUUCUCGCCUCGGGUGAUUUAACAGCAGUCGAUAAGAACGGUGAACAAGGUAGAGAAAAUAUCAAGCCCUUCCCAGCCAUCAAAAUGCUCUACAAAGUAUUCGAUGCCGAGACUGCCGCCAGUGAUCCAAGAGCAAACGGCGAGGAUGCUUCUGUUGGAUUAAUUGAUCUUCCACUUCCUUGUUGUAUUCAGCUAAUGGAAACAUUGUUGCUCUCCUCUCACUCCCUCCCUCCAGCCUGUCGAUCAGUCGGUCAGUUCUAUGUUGGUUUCUUACGGCUGUCAGAGACUUCGUAG